AUGGCUUCUAUUAAGAUAGAGACUAUCAUGAAAGAGAAGAACAGAAUGGGCGAAUGUCCUGUGUGGGACGAAAAGACUGGUCACCUGGUUUAUGUUGAUAUCAAUGAACAGAAGGUUUGCAGAUGGAACCCAAUCACAGGGGAAAUACAGAGUAUGACCCUGGAUGCUCGAGUAGGAUGUGUGGCACUCCGAGAGUGUGAGGGUUAUGUAGUAGCCUUUGGAACCCAGUUUGGCCUCUUGAACUGGGAAAACCAAUCUGUGACAACUGUUUCUCAUCUUGAACAGGAUAAGCCAAACAAUAGAUUCAAUGAUGGCAAAGUGGACCCAGCUGGAAGAUUUGUGGCUGGUACCAUGGCUGAGGAAUCCAGCCCAGGAGUAUGGGAGAAACAACAAGGGUCUCUUUAUACUCUCUAUCCGGAUUGUUCUGUGGUGAAGCAAUUGGACAAGCUAGGCAUCUCGAAUGGAUUGGACUGGUCUCUGGAUCACCAAAUAUUCUACCAUAUUGAUAGCUUGACGUAUGCUGUGCAUGCCUUUGAUUAUGACCUACAAUCAGGGAAGAUGGGGAACAGAAGACUUCUCUAUAAGCUGGAAGAGGAAGAAAGAAUGCCUGAUGGUAUGUGCAUUGACAUUGAAGGGAAACUCUGGGUGGCCUGCAUAGAUGCUGGGAGAAUAAUCCGCUUGGAUCCUGAGACAGGAAAGAGACUGCAGACAGUGAAGAUGCCCACUCCUAGGAUAACAUCUUGCUGCUUCGGGGGAAAGGAUUACUCUGAACUCUAUGUCACUUCAGCCUCUGAUGGCUUGAGCCAAGAAGAAUUGUCAAGAGAACCCCAUGCAGGAGAUAUUUUUAAGGUAACUGGCCUGGGUGUGAAAGGAUUCCCUCAGUAUUCCUUUACAGGUUGA